AUGGUCAUUAACAAUCCAAACAACUGGCAUUGGGUCGAUAAAAACUGUUUACAAUGGUCCAAAGAAUAUUUUGAUCAAAAAUUCACUGAUUUCUCAGUUCAAGAUGAUCAUCAUAAUGUUCAAAUCUCAGAAGUUUCUUCAGUUGAAGGUGACGUUGACGUUUCCCAACGUAAAGGAAAGGUGAUUUCCUUGUUUGAUAUUCGUAUUGUGUUAUCAUUUAAAGGAACUAUUGAUGAUGAAGAAGUGAAUGGAUCAAUUACUAUACCUGAAUUAGCAUUUGAUACAGAUAUUGAUGAUAUACAAUUUGAUAUAAAUGUAUAUAAUGAAAAUGCUAAGAAUAGUGAUAUUACUUCCUUUAUUAAGAAACAGUUGAUUCCCAAAUUAAGAGAUGUACUUAUUAAAUUUGGACCUGAUUUAAUUGAGAUUAAUAGUAAAGAUAUUCAAUUAUCAAGUGAUAAAGUAAGUUCUACAUUAACCAAACAAAAUCAAGCCACCAUCACCUCCACCACAACAACUCCAGUCGUUGAAGAAAAGAAACCAGUAGUUAUCACUCCUAUUGCAAAAUCUCCCACCCCAACCAAAUCCUCAUCCCCCGGCACCAGCGGCAACAUUCCAAAAUAUAACACAACCACCCUUCAUCUCGACACAUCCUUCAACACCACAGCCGAACAAAUCUACAUCACCCUCUUGGACGAAUCCAGAAUCGGCGCCUGGACAAGAUCAUACCCUCAAAUUGAAAAAUUCCCACCUUCCCCUGGAUCAGAAUUCAAAUUCUUUGGUGGGGCAGUUUCCGGAAAGAUUGUCAAAUUGGUACCCAAUGAAGAAAUCACCCAAUUAUGGAGAUUGGAAGAUUGGAAAUCCGGACAUUUUGCGGAAUUGAAUAUGAAAUUGGUCCAAACUACUGGUGAAACCAAUUUGAUUGUUAAAUUUACCGGGGUGCCUAUAGGGGAGGAAGAAAGGGUGAAGAACAAUUUUGAGGAGAUGUAUAUUAGAUCGAUUAAGAUUACUUUUGGUUUUGGUGCUGUGUUGUAG